AGGUGGCGGGAUUCGGCCGCGUGCGCUUUCCCGCCCGGGCUCGCCACGCCUCCGGCUGCGCGUCGGGCAUCGCCCACACGCUCGGUGUUGGCUUCCUCGCGCCUCCACGCGCCCCUCCUUCACCUCAGUUUUCUUCUAGAGCCCAGGCCCCGCCCGUAUCCCGCCUACCGGGCCUGGUUCGCCAGGCCCCAGCCCGCUCCUCCCCGCUCCUCGCCUCUGCCCCCCCUGCUGAUUUUCUGCUGAAGGCUGAAGCUCCAUGUUGUCCCCUCAGCGAGCGGUAGCGGCUGCCUCGAGAGGAGCAGGUGAUGCCAUGGAAAGCGGAAAGCCUGGUCCAGUGCAAGUUGUUUUGGUUCAGAAAGAGCAGCAUUCCUUUGAGCUAGAAGAAAAAGCCUUGGCUAGCAUUCUUCUGCAGGACCAUAUCCGAGAUCUCGAUGUCGUGGUUGUGUCAGUGGCUGGUGCCUUCCGAAAGGGCAAAUCCUUCAUUCUGGAUUUUAUGCUGCGAUACUUAUAUUCUCAGAAGGAAGGUGGCCAUUCAAAUUGGUUGGGUGACCCAGAAGAACCAUUAACAGGAUUUUCAUGGCGAGGAGGCUCUGACCCAGAAACCACUGGGAUUCAGAUCUGGAGUGAUGUUUUCACUGUGGAGAAGCCAGGUGGGAAGAAGGUUGCAGUUAUUCUGAUGGACACACAAGGGGCUUUUGACAGCCAGUCAACUGUGAAAGACUGUGCCACCAUUUUCGCUCUAAGCACCAUGACUAGUUCUGUUCAGAUAUAUAAUUUGUCUCAGAACAUUCAGGAAGAUGAUCUUCAACAGCUGCAGCUCUUCACAGAAUACGGUCGUCUGGCAAUGGAUGAAAUUUCCCAAAAACCCUUCCAGACACUGAUGUUUUUGGUUCGAGACUGGAGUUUCCCCUAUGAAUACAGCUAUGGACUGCAAGGAGGAAUGGCAUUUUUGGAUAAGCGUUUACAGGUGAAGGAACAUCAACAUGAAGAAAUUCAGAAUGUUCGAAAUCACAUCCACUCAUGUUUCUCCGAUGUUACCUGUUUUCUCUUACCACAUCCAGGACUCCAGGUGGCCACAAGUCCUGAUUUUGAUGGGAAAUUACAAGAUAUUGCUGGUGAAUUCAAAGAGCAGUUGCAGGCACUGAUACCAUAUGUAUUAAAUCCAUCUAAGUUAAUGGAAAAGGAGAUCAAUGGCUCAAAAGUUACCUGCCGCGGACUGUUGGAAUAUUUUAAGGCAUAUAUUAAAAUUUAUCAAGGAGAAGAUCUGCCUCACCCCAAAUCCAUGCUUCAGGCCACUGCUGAAGCCAACAAUUUAGCAGCUGCAGCCUCUGCCAAGGACAUUUAUUAUAAUAGCAUGGAGAAGGUUUGUGGGGGAGAGAAACCUUAUAUGUCUCCUGACAUUUUAGAGGAGAAGCACUGUGAAUUCAGACAACUGGCUCUGGACCAAUUUAAGAAGACCAAGAAGAUGGGUGGGAAGGAUUUUAGCUUUCGCUACCAGCAGGAGCUGGAGGCAGAAAUCAAGGAACUCUAUGAAAACUUCUGCAGGCACAAUGGUAGCAAGAAUGUCUUUAGUACUCUCCGAACCCCUGCAGUGCUGUUCACAGUCAUUGUUAUUUUGUACAUAGCCUCAGGCCUCACCGGCUUCAUUGGUCUUGAGAUUGUGGCCCAACUGUUCAACUGUAUGGUUGGACUGCUGUUAAUAGCGCUCCUUACUUGGGGGUACAUCAGGUAUUCCGGUCAAUAUCGAGAGCUGGGCGGAGCUAUUGACUUUUGUGCAGCAUAUGUGUUAGAGCAGGUUUCUUCUCAUAUUGGUAAUUCUACUCAAGCUGCUGUAAGGGAUGCAGUUGUUGGGAGACCACCUAUGGAUAAAAAAGCUCAAUAGCAUCUUAACUGAUCCAGCAGGAGCCCGACCAGUUCCUGGAUUCUUGGAUCUCUUCAUGGCCCUGGGUCCAGGUCCAGAGGAAGGGCAGAUCAGAAACCAUCUGGCAAGAGCUGCAACAGGGAACUGCAAUAAAUGAACUGACCUCUUCUGUGGUUUCAAAUUCUUAAACACAUUUCCAUUUCUGUUGGAAGCAUUCCUUUUCUUGCUCUUAGAUCCAAGUCCAUAUCUGUCUUGUUAUUCUCUGCUUUGUGCACUUUAUAGGCAGUGGGGGAAGCUAAAGAAAAAUGUGGAAAUGCAGCUUUUAAGUCUUUUAUGUGCCACUCUAGUGCCUUUUAAGAUUGAAUCCAUGCUUUUGUGGACACAAAGCGGAAGAGAUGGAGGAUAACCUCAUGAAAAUGUGCUAUUGUGGGUGAAACUUGUCAAUUCUUACAUACCUUACUCAUUUGAGAUGGUUUCCUUUUUUAAAAAGUUUACAAAACUUGGAGAAGCUUCAGAACUAAAGAAUAACUGAAAAUGAUGCCACUACACUUUUAAAAUCUUAUUUAUAAUUUUAAGAUUCUGUUUGCCAUAUGCCAUGGGAAAACCAUAUCAUAUUUAAAUAUACAUACUUUAAAAUAUAAGGUCUUUUACUUGAUAGCUUGGUAGUUUUGUUGAAUCUGCUUUAUUUUUUUUCCGAUGGCUUUUAGUACAGAGGUAAACAUGCCUGAAAAACCAGAGUAGCCCAUAAUAAGAGGAAUGAGAAUGGAUACUUUGAGGAAAAAGCUGAGUUUGAAUGAACCUGUGAACGUCUGUCAGUCACUUGAACUUGUGCCUUUAUUUUUUUAUAACAUGUAUAUGUUAUACGUAGCUCUCAAACAAAAUUGUCAUUUGAGAUAUUUUGGUUUUGAGUUUUGCAUGAGUAUAGAACUUUAUAUUAAGGAUUAGAGGAAAGAUUACCAAAUAUUAAUGCCUUUAAUGUCCUUUUUCAAGUGACUUAACAGUAAUUAAUAAUUGAAUUACCUGACUUAAAGUCUUUGCCCAAACUGUUUAUUUAUAUUCUUCUAUGCACUAAUGUUCUUAAUAACGAAGCUAAAAUUGUUAAUUUCACUUCAUGAGUCUUCCUGUAUUUACUUUUAGUGUUCAUUAGUCUAGUAGCUUUAGAAUAACUUUGGCUUAGGAAGGACCAAAGUCCUACCCAAAUAUAGAUAGUAUCUAGAAUUAUCUAUGAGUUUUUAAAAAAAUUUACUUUAUGAGAUGAAAAAGUUUUAUCUGUUGGUUGCUUUGUUUUCUUUGAUUUAUAAUGAUGAAUUACAGAUUUUAAAACUUGCCUACAAGUAUUUAUAUAAACAUUCAGGUAUAUGAACCUUUAUUUUUAAGAUAAUUUGAUUUUUGUUGUGGGAGGGAGGUUGGAGGGCUUAGGCAAAACCUGACUGGAAAUUUUAUAUACAUGAAGUAUGAAUGGAAAGGAGAAAAAAGAAAGUAUAGCAUUCAGUUGCUGUCAGGGAAUUUUCUUUUGACAAAACACUUUACCUCUCAAGUAUUUUUAUAAAUCCUGAAUUAAUUCUAAGCCCUUUACAUAUUUUCAUAUUUACAUACCAUCUUGUCUUGAAGUGCUUGCUAUUUUAUUCACUUUCUGUUAACAUUUUAGAAAAAUUUCAGCUUGUUCUAAAAGCUGUUCACUUGCAUCUGAGUGAUAAACAAGCUUUGACUAAUAAAUUGAAAGCUCACUUUAGAAAUUUUGGUGCAUUUUGAGGUGACUUCUCAUCUCUCUGAAGGUUCAUACUUACAGGCCUUUCUGAUAACUAAAAUUUUAAUGAAUUCUAUAAGUAAAUUUACAUGUAAGUAAAUUUACAGAUUUCAGAAUAAUUGUCCAAAGUGGUUCUACAUUUAAAAGUGACAGAGGAUGAUGAUGCAUCUCUUUAUUCUAAUACAGAAGUAUUUGGUUUCUUUUUAAAAAAGUGUAUGAUUUAAUAAUGUCUUAGGAUUUUGUUCCUGUUUAAUUCACCGUUUCUGUUUUGGUCUUCUACAGGAACAACCUUUACAAGAAUUACUCUUGAGUUUUUUUCAUUGUUUUUAGUUACCUUACUCUGCCUCUGGAAAGUGUUUAUGUAAAGUUUUGUGUGACAGUUCUUUGGCCUCUUUUUUUGGCCUCUUUUCUCUUUUAACAGUAAAUUGAUGAUUUUAUAUCAACCUUUUCAUGAAAGAUGUCUUCUCAUUGCUUAUAACCAGGUUGAAAAUGUCUUUUCCAGUUUUUCCCCCUUCAGUCUUUGCUUUGUUUGGGCUAUUGUGUAAGAAUCAGUGUUCACUGCUCUGUCACUGCUGGUGGACAUUCAUGCACACAUCGUUAAUUUGCACUUUCUUAACAAUAUAUGGAGCAGAUUUUUAUUAAACUGUAUGUGGAAAUUUUUUUAAAAUUCCGUUAAAAUAACUCAUUUCAGGAGAAAUUGCCAAUUUUUUUUUUGGGGGGGGCGGGUGCUAGGGAUUGAACUCAAGGGCACUCAACCACUGAGUCCCAUCCCCAGCUCUAUUUUGUAUUUUAUUUAGAGACAGAGUCUCACUGAGUUGCUUAGCACCUUGCUAUUGCUGAGGCUGGUUUUGAACUUGCAGUCCUCCUGCCUCAGCCUCCCGAGCCGCUGGGAUUAUCCAAGCCGCUGGGAUUAUAGGCUUGAGCCAUCGCACCCGGCAUGCCAGUUUUAAUAGUUCCAAUUUGCUUAUAGUUAAAAUAGUAGAAUCGAAGUUUUGAGUCUUUCACUGAGAGAUAUUUCUAGAUAAGUUUGUAGACAGGGCAAACUGUUAUACUGUAUGGUGAUAAAAAUUUUCACAUUUGUCACUUUUUUUUUUUAAAUGGUAUACCAAAAAUAUCUGCUUAUUCCAUGGAGGUUUAUGUUUUAACAAAAUUGCUUAUUGUUUGUUGUAUUUAUUCUAUUUUUUUCCUCUUACUUUGGGCAAGUAAACAAAAACACUGCCUUGUACUUGGAGUACUUUCUCUAGCAAGUCAACACAGAAUGUUUCUAACCUGGCUUAUGAAAAUGGUGCCUUGGAUAGGGUAUGUUUGGAUGAGCACAGAUAUGUAUGAGAGUUCUAGAGAAAUUAGGUAGGUUGAUUUUACCCAGACAAAAACAAUAAAAUAGCCCUCCCCCAGGAUUAAAAAAAAAAAAAAAGAUGAAACAUUUGUUAAGUCUUCUUCAUAGAACUGAUCUUUUUUUUUUUUUUCUUUUGUAGAACUAUUGGAAUGUGGCUCAGGAUGAUUUGAUGUUUCCACUGAAGGUAGCCAACAUGGGCUGUGUCAUUUCAGUUUACAUUUGGAUCCAACAAAAUUUUAGUCAAGGGAUAAGGGCAUAAUGAAGAUAAGCUUCAGUUAUUAAAAGUACAAACUAUCUGUAAUUUUUUUAAAUGACAUUAAGAAGCCCAUUGUAAAAGACUCCACUUUAGCAAUUUUCCUCCUGUUAUGAAAAGUCUCAUUGUAGCUGUAUUUUGGGUAGUGGUUCUCAUUUGCCUUGGAGUGCAUUUAAGACUUAACUCUGUGAUCCUCAGCUUUAUACCCAGGGAUUGCCUCUGUUGGUCUGGGCUAUGUCCCUGGAAUCGUCACUUUUAUAAACAUAUUGUGAUUCAGAGACCACAAGGAGACUAACCCAGAGGGUGGAAAGUACCAAUAAAGGAAAAUUUGGUGUUGUCUGGAGGCAGGUGGACAGCUCUUAAACCUGAGUUUCAGGAUCAGCGGUCUGCUGUCAGCUACAAUCACCAAGGGUUUACUGUGUUCAGAAUAAUAAGGGUGCCUUAAUCCAGAGGAUUGUUCUUCAAAAUCGUCAUAGUGCCUUCUAAGAGAAAAUAAACGAAUGUAACAAGUAUCUUAUAUACUAACAGUAUAAUUAGGAUUUUUUUAAAUGUAAUUUUGAUAACCGUUUUUCUUUUAAAAAGCCAAAUUCAGCACUGUGACUCAAAUUCCUAAAUCACACAGAAAACAAACUACAAAAAAAAUAAUGAACAAAAAAAGAGGAUGGGAUUAAAACAGAUAAUUAGCAGCUGAAGUACCCCAUAUCAGGAACUUUCUAAGAUCAAGAGGCAGAAGAGUUUUGAAAAACAAAAAAUGUUUCUUUGUGAAGGAAUUUCAUGUGACAAAUAAAAUUUAAAUGUACUGUUUUUAAGAUGAAAGGAAGGUUGUAGUGAUUCCCAAAACUUUCUAAUUCAGAUGGACAAAAGCUAUCAUGGAUGUAAACCUUAAAGGGGUUAAAUCUUGAACAUAUACAAAUGUUCCUUAGUUUUGUUUUUUCUUUUCUUUAAAAAAUGACUUGUUAAAAUUAUGUUCUGCUAGAUCCUUGCUUUUGGAUGGCUUCAAAUUUCAAUAUAGUUUUUAAAAAGUGCAAUGGAAUGAGAUUAUGCAUUAGUAUAUUAAAAGCAUGUUUCUGUUUUACUCCCAGUCAUUUAAUGGAAUAAAGAUCACAGUACCUUGUU